GCUGGCGCCCCCCGCCCCCCGCGCACAGCUGGGACGUGGGCCGCGGCCGGGAGGGUGCAGUCGGGCGCCGGCGGUGGACGCGCCGGGCUCUCCGCUAUCGCUCCGUGCGCCCCAGCGUCCGUGCGCGCCGUCGGCCAUGGCCGCGCGCCUUUGGGGCCCCGCGCGCCGCUGCCUGCUGGCGCUUGUGCUGUGCUGGGGCUGGGGAUCGCUGGCCGCGCUCGCCCAGAAGCCGGGCGCCGGCUGUCCGAGCCGCUGCCUGUGCUUCCGCACCACCGUGCGCUGCAUGCAUCUGCUGCUGGAGGCCGUGCCUGCCGUGGCGCCGCAGACCUCCAUCCUGGACCUCCGCUUCAACAGGAUCCGAGAGAUCCAGCCGGGGACGUUCCGGCACCUGAGGAACCUGAACACGCUGCUCCUCAACAAUAACCACGUGAAGCGGAUCCCUGGCGGUGCCUUUGAAGACCUGGAAAACCUGAAGUACCUCUAUUUGUACAAGAAUGAGAUCCAGGCAAUUGACAGGCAAGCGUUUAAGGGACUUUCCUCUCUAGAGCAACUAUACCUGCACUUCAAUCAGAUUGAGACGCUGGAACCCGAGGCCUUCCGGCACCUGCCGAAGCUUGAAAGGCUAUUCCUGCACAACAAUCGGAUCACACACUUGGUCCCUGGGACGUUCACUGGCCUGGAGUCCAUGAAAAGACUGCGGCUGGACUCCAAUGCACUGCACUGUGACUGUGGCAUCCUGUGGCUGGCAGACCUGCUGCGGACCUAUGCCCAGGAGGGCAGUACACAAGCAGCCGCCACCUGCGAGUUUCCCAGGCGCAUACAGGGCCGCUCCGUGGCUACCAUCACCCCUGAGGAGCUGAACUGUGAGCGACCUCGGAUCACGUCAGAGCCGCAGGACGCCGAUGUGACAUCUGGCAACACCGUGUACUUUACCUGUAGAGCCGAGGGCAACCCCAAGCCCGAGAUCAUCUGGCUCCGAAACAAUAACGAGCUGAGCAUGAAGACAGAUUCCCGCUUAAACCUGCUGGAUGAUGGCACACUAAUGAUCCAGAACACGCAGGAGACGGACCAGGGCAUCUACCAGUGCAUGGCCAAGAACGUGGCAGGGGAGGUGAAGACACACGAGGUGACCCUCAGGUACUUUGGGUCUCCAGCUCGGCCCACUUUUGUAAUCCAGCCACAGAACACGGAGGUGCUGGUGGGCGAGAGCGUUACCCUGGAGUGCAGCGCCACGGGCCACCCACCGCCCAGGAUCUCCUGGACCCGCGGUGACCACACCCCGCUGCCCGCUGACCCGCGGGUCAACAUCACGCCGUCUGGCGGACUUUACAUUCAAGAUGUGACGCAAGGUGACAGUGGGGAGUAUGCAUGCUUUGCAUCCAAUGGUGUGGACAGCAUCCAUGCCACGGCCUUCAUCAUCGUCCAGGCGUUGCCCCAGUUCACGGUGACUCCUCAGGACAGAGUUGUUGUUGAGGGUCAGACAGUCGACUUCCAGUGUGAGGCCCAGGGUUACCCACAACCAGUCAUUGCCUGGACCAAGGGAGGCAGCCAACUGUCAGUGGACAGGCGGCACCUGGUGCUGUCAUCUGGGACACUGAGGAUCUCGGGGGUCGCCCUGCAUGACCAGGGCCAGUAUGAGUGCCAAGCAGUCAAUAUCAUCGGCUCCCAGAAGGUUGUGGCCCACCUGACCGUGCAGCCCAGAGUCACGCCCGUGUUUGCCAGGAUUCCCAGUGACCUCACGGUGGAGGUGGGCACCAAUGUGCAGCUGCCCUGCAGCUCCCAGGGGGAGCCAGAGCCAGCCAUCACCUGGAACAAGGACGGAGUCCAGGUAACAGAGAGUGGAAAGUUUCACAUCAGCCCUGAGGGGUUCCUGACCAUCAAUGAUGUGGGGACAGCGGAUGCUGGCCGCUACGAGUGCAUUGCCCGGAACACCAUCGGCCACGCCUCUGUCAGCAUGGUGCUCAGUGUCAGUGUUCCUGACGUCAGUCGCAAUGGGGACCCCUUCGUGGCUACAUCCAUCGUGGAAGCCAUCGCCACGGUGGACAGAGCCAUCAACUCCACGCGGACACACCUGUUUGACAGCCGCCCUCGCUCUCCAAAUGACCUGCUAGCCUUGUUCCGGUACCCACGGGACCCCUACACGGUGGAGCAGGCCCGGGCAGGGGAGAUAUUCGAGCGCACACUGCAGCUCAUCCAGGAACACGUGCGGCACGGCCUGAUGGUGGACCUGAAUGGCACAAGUUACCACUACAAUGACCUCGUGUCCCCCCAGUACCUGAGCCUCAUCGCCAACCUGUCGGGAUGCACCGCCCACCGGCGCAUGGACAACUGUUCCGACAUGUGCUUCCACCAGAAGUACCGGACGCACGACGGCACCUGCAACAACUUGCAGCACCCCAUGUGGGGCGCCUCGCUGACGGCCUUUGAGCGCCUGCUCACCGCGGUCUAUGAGAACGGAUUCAACACGCCGCGGGGCAUCAGCCCCCAGCGGCUGUACCACGGGCACACACUGCCGCUGCCCCGCCUGGUGUCCACCACGCUCAUUGGCACGGAGGCCAUCACCCCUGAUGCAGAGUUCACGCACAUGCUCAUGCAGUGGGGCCAGUUCCUAGACCAUGACUUGGACUCCACAGUGGUGGCCCUGAGCGAGGCUCGCUUCUCUGAUGGGCAGCAUUGCAGCGUGGCAUGCAGCAACGACCCGCCCUGCUUCUCAGUCGCAAUCCCGCCCAGUGACCCCCGGGCCCGCAGCGGCGCCCGCUGCAUGUUCUUCGUGCGUUCGAGCCCCGUGUGUGGCAGCGGCAUGACCUCGCUGCUCAUGAACUCUGUGUACCCGCGGGAGCAGAUCAACCAGCUCACGUCCUACAUCGACGCCUCCAAUGUGUAUGGCAGCUCGGAGCAUGAGACCCGCAGCAUCCGGGACCUGGCCAGCCAGCGGGGCCUCCUGCGCCAGGGCAUCGUGCAGAGGUCUGGGAAGCCGCUGCUGCCCUUCGCCACAGGGCCACCUACUGAAUGCAUGCGGGAUGAGAACGAGAGCCCCAUCCCCUGUUUCUUGGCCGGGGAUCACCGUGCCAACGAGCAGCUGGGCCUGACCAGCAUGCACACACUGUGGUUCCGUGAGCACAACCGCAUUGCCACCGAGCUGCUGCGCCUGAACCCUCACUGGGACGGAGACACCGUGUACCACGAGACCCGCAAGAUCGUGGGGGCCCAGAUGCAGCACAUCACCUACCAGCACUGGCUGCCCAAGGUGCUGGGUGAGGUGGGCAUGAAAAUGCUGGGCACGUACCGUGGCUAUGACCCUGGCGUCAAUGCUGGCAUCUUCAAUGCCUUUGCUACAGCUGCCUUCAGGUUCGGCCACACGCUCAUCAAUCCUGUGCUCUACCGGCUGGACGAGAACUUCGAGCCGAUCCCGCAGGGCCACCUCCCCUUGCACAAGGCCUUCUUCUCGCCAUUCCGCAUCGUCAACGAGGGGGGCAUCGACCCGCUGCUGCGGGGGCUGUUUGGGGUGGCAGGAAAGAUGCGUGUGCCGUCCCAGCUGCUGAACACGGAGCUCACUGAGCGCCUCUUCUCCAUGGCACGUGCCGUGGCCCUCGAUCUGGCUGCCAUCAACAUCCAGCGUGGCCGUGACCAUGGCAUCCCGCCCUACCACGACUAUAGGGUCUACUGCAACCUGUCGGCCGCCCACACCUUCGAGGACCUGAAAAAUGAGAUCAAAAACCCCGAGAUCCGGGAGAAACUUCGAAGGCUCUAUGGCUCCCCACUCAACAUCGACCUGUUCCCGGCCCUCAUGGUGGAAGACUUGAUCCCUGGAAGCCGCCUCGGCCCCACCCUCAUGUGCCUGCUCAGCUCCCAAUUUAAGCGCCUCCGAGAUGGGGACAGGCUGUGGUAUGAAAACCCGGGGGUGCUAUCCCCUGCCCAGCUGACGCAGAUCAGGCAGACGUCACUGGCCCGGAUCCUGUGCGACAACGCAGACAACAUCACCCGUGUGCAGAGGGACGUGUUCCGGGUGGCGGAAUUCCCGCAUGGGUACAGCAGCUGCGAUGACAUCCCCAAGGUGGACCUCCGGGUAUGGCAGGAUUGCUGCGAAGACUGCAGGACCAGGGGGCAGUUCAACGCCUUCUCCUACCACUUCCGCGGCCGCCGGGCUCUGGAGUACAGCUACCAGGAGGAUGAGCCGUCUGUGAGCACCAGGCCAUCUGGGUCCCUCAGCCACAGCGUCGGGAAACAUGGCCGGCACCUGGGCAAUGCCACGUCCACCUCCCACGAGCACUCCCAGGCACUAGGGACAAACGACUUCAGAGACUUCGUCCUGGAGAUGCAGAAGACCAUCACAGGCCUCAGGAGACAGAUAAAGAACCUUGAGUCCCGGCUCAGCUCCACGGAGUGCGUGGACGCCCACGGUGAUUCUCACGCCAACGGCACCAAGUGGAAGGCAGACUUGUGCACGGCGUGUGAAUGCAGAGAUGGGCAGGUGACCUGCUUUGUUGAAGCUUGCCCACCAGCCACCUGUGCAACACCUGUGAAAACCGAAGAUGCCUGCUGCCCGCUGUGCCUACAGAAGACAGCCGAGGACAGGCCCUAGGCUCCUGCCGGGCUCCGCAGGGUCUGUCUGCUGCAGUCAUGAGCUCAGGCGACCGGCCAGGGCACCACAGCCCAUGGGGAUGUCCAGGACUCGCUGUCCCAGGACCACAUCCAGCUGGUGCCACUGCAGGAGGCACAGAGGCAGGCAGGUGUCCCCAUUGUGUGGCUGGUUUCUCAGGUUCUUAUUUAAUUCUUUAAAAGGAAGAAUUGGUGCUACUAUUAAAUUGCACAGUUCAAUCAUCCAGGCCUUUAAGUUGGCCUUUUCCUGUAUACACCGUUUCUUUUUAUGCAAAACAGGGGCUCCGCAGUCAGCUGUGCCUGACUCUGGCCAGGAACUGACCAACGGGUAGGGCCUGCAGGCUCACAGAAGCCCUGGCCACGCCACUCACCAUGUCGAGAAAGAAAACCAGUGUUUGGCAGAUGGGCCUGAAUCUGUCAGCACAUGUCCCAGACCAUGGGCUCCACGGCGUGGCUCAGGCCGCUCAGCCCCAGCCAACACUCUCCCUUGGUCUCCUGGCUGUCAGCUUGCUGUUACCCAACACUCCCUGCCCCUACUCAGAGUUGUCCCACACCCUGGGCUGCAUCAGCUCCUUGCCUGCCUGCCUGCCAUGGUGUGAACCACACUUACACGCACAUGUCCUGCCUGGCUAUGAACCAACUGUGAAGCCAUGAACCCAGUUCCAUCCAACACCCUGAGUGGCGCCGUCCCCGCGGCCUGAGGCUCUGUUCCUGGCAGCUCCCAAUCCUCCUGAUGGGUGGGAGGAAGCUGAAUGCAGGGGACCUGGGGAGAGUGUUCAUUGACGGGGCCCCAUACCUCAGCUGUACUUCUUAAAUGCACGAGGAGCCCACUGUUCAGGCUCAGAUAGGGAAGGAAACUCACUUCUAUGCAAAAAUAGUUUUAGAAUCCAGUGGUCCCACCUCAGUUCCCUACAACUUCACCCAGACUUUCCAUUGAUCCUCUAAGUGCAGCAGUUAUGUGCCCCUGGACAUGAGUGCUGCACGCAGGCUAAGUGCGGGGCUCGACAGGGCCAUACCUGGCACCCUAAGGUCCCUCAGUCUUCCCUGCUCUGCACACGGUCUACGUCUUCCUCACAGAGCACCAUGAGGCUGACACGGGUACAGGGCAAAGGCCACUUGCCAGCUGAUCCCUCUGCACCUGGGACUCCCUUCCAAGUCGGUCCAUGUGCAGCCAUGCAACCCAGGGACCAAUUUCUGCAAACUGAGAAAUGGGUCUACUUGUCUGAGGCUUGAUGGCUGUGUACACUGCUCUGGUGUCUAGACGAGCCAGUUCUGCUUCCCAGAAGCUGUGUGCCCAGGGGGCAUGCACGUGGCCUGAGCACCUGCCAGGAGCUGACUGACCCACAGUCAAGUCCCUUCCGUCAAAACCAAGUGCCCAAAGUCGCCAGUUGGAUACCCACCUGACAGUCCAAUGGCAGGCACGGCCAGGACAGAUGUGGCCUUGCAACCACCCAGCGAGGUCGCUGGAACAGGAGGUGUACAUAUUUAUUCACUUUCCUAACUUGCUGAUGCUUUUGUUAUGUUCAUUGUAUGCAGUAUGUUACCAAAGAAAUGUCCUUGCUAUAAUAACACCACCUGAUCAAAUAAAUGACGCGUUUUCAAA